CGGACUUCAGAGCAGCGCAAUCGGUCGAUUUUAAUUGUCGUAUAGCGUGCUUACAUUCUAUUACAUUAUACGGGUUGAUUACUCGUGCAUUGUAACGCAUUGUUGCGUUUGUAAAUUUUGUCGGCAUAUUGGGAAAUAUGGUACCUCUCGGCCCAUCGCCGGGACAUCAAACGUCCGUAAAUAAUUCUUCCAGCGCGACCGCCAGCGGGACGAAAAAUGCGAUAGUGAAAUCAAAUUAUACACUGAAAUAUACCUUGGCGGGUCAUACUAAGGCAGUGUCUUCUGUCAAAUUUAGUCCCAAUGGAGAAUGGUUGGCCAGUUCAGCUGCUGACAAACUUAUCAAAAUUUGGGGUUCUUAUGAUGGAAAGUUCGAGAAGACUAUAGCAGGUCAUAAGCUGGGUAUUUCUGAUGUAGCAUGGUCUAGUGAUAGUAGAUUGCUGGUAUCAGCUUCUGAUGACAAGACGUUAAAAAUAUGGGAAUUAAGUUCUGGUAAAUGUUUAAAAACGUUAAAAGGUCAUAGUAAUUAUGUUUUUUGUUGUAAUUUCAAUCCACAAUCCAACCUUAUAGUCUCUGGUUCUUUUGACGAAAGUGUGCGUAUUUGGGAUGUGAGAAGCGGAAAAUGCCUUAAAACCUUACCGGCACAUUCAGAUCCUGUAAGUGCAGUGCAUUUCAAUAGGGAUGGCUCUUUAAUAGUCUCGAGUAGUUACGAUGGAUUAUGUCGAAUUUGGGACACCGCAUCAGGACAAUGUCUAAAAACUCUGAUAGACGACGACAAUCCUCCAGUAUCAUUUGUCAAAUUUUCGCCGAACGGCAAGUACAUCUUGGCAGCAACAUUGGACAACACAUUAAAGCUGUGGGAUUACAGUAAAGGGAAAUGCCUGAAAACGUAUAGUGGUCACAAAAAUGAGAAAUAUUGCAUCUUCGCGAACUUCUCUGUAACAGGUGGAAAGUGGAUUGUAUCCGGCUCUGAAGAUCACAUGGUGUACAUUUGGAAUUUACAGACAAAAGAGAUCGUACAAAAGCUACAAGGACACACAGAUGUGGUACUUUGCACAACAUGUCAUCCGACAGACAACAUUAUAGCUUCGGCUGCUCUUGAGAAUGAUAAAACUAUCAAACUAUGGAAGAGCGAUACAUAAAAAUAGUUUGUAAAAUCAUUCGCUGUUAUUAUCUGCUGUACAAAUCUGUGUUUUUAUGUUGAAAGAAAGAAUGAUGAUAUUGUAAAGCAUAGAUCAUAGACAUUAGAUAUAAAGUAAAAUGCUAUUUUAUAU